AUUAACCUCAAAAUCACUUCCCAGGGUUUUCAAGCACCAAGCCUCCAACCCUCUAAAGCCAGAGGAACACAAAAGCUUCCUUCUCUUCCUCUCUUCUCUUCUAAAAAGGUUCUUCUCAGUUUUCUGUUUCUAGAAUCUUCUAAGCUUCUUCUGUUUCCCAACUAACUGAGUAGCAAGCCAUGGAAACGAGUCCUGGCCGUACGAUUAAGCUCCUCUGCAGCUACGGCGGCAAGAUCCUCCCACGCGCUACCGACGGCGAGCUCCGUUACAUCGGUGGCCACACCAGAGUCCUCACCGUGGACCGUUCCAUUUGCUUCUCAGACUUGUUGGUAAAGCUAGGAGAGUUGUGCGGUUCGUCUGUGACGUUACGGUGUCAAUUGCCGAACGGAGACUUAGAAACCUUGAUCUCCGUCACCAACGACGAAGAUCUGACGCACAUAAUCGAAGAAUAUGACCGCGCUUCGUCGAAACUACCUCAUCCGUUGAAGAUCAGAGCCGUGCUGUUUCCGCCAAAAUCGUCUAAGAAGGUUUCUCCGGCGACGUCGUCUCCGUCGUUGUCUUCCUCUGCUUCAUCCAGCGCCAGUCACUCGCCAGCAAGAUCUCCGUACACCUCCGCAGAAUCGCUGCCGCAUGUGGCGGCGUAUCGCGUCGUCCGCCAAAGCCGUCCUGUCCCGAUCCGUAACGGAUCGGCGAAAGCGUGUUGCUACAACGGCCAGCUAGAAGGAAGCCCUAGGUUUCUUUAUUACGGAUCUCGCUUCAGUAAUUACUGCCAUUGAAGCGGAAGCUUUAGAGUUAUGCACAGUAAAUACAAGGAUUAAGGAACAAUAUCCAAAUACGAACCUGAUUCUUCAAUAUAUAUGACGAUGAUGAUGAAAAAUACCAAAGGACUCGAGAAAAAUUAGGGAAAAAAAUGAAUGAAAAGAGGAAAACAUAGAGAGAGAUGAGUUAAGAAGAAUUUUAUUUAGUUUUAAGUUUGAUAAAAUUUUGGAUCUGGUUGAGGUUCUAAUUUUUUAAACGAGCUUCAGUUCUUUUCUUCCUUGGGCUUCAUUGGCUUUGGAACUAUUAUUUGUCCCUGAACCAGUCAGGGGUCCGUUACCGUAACCGUAAACAGCCAUCUAAUUCGGACACAAUUUUUUGUGACGUGUCCUAUGCGUUCCGCUUUUGGUGGUUUUCCUUCCGUUUAACGACGCUCGUUGAUGUGAAUUCAUUAUUUGAUUAUUUACCGGUCAAUAAUCGCGUUUGGUGUGUUUGAAGGGGCGGAUAUUGAUGCUUGUGGCGUUUGGGAAGAGGA